AUGUUCCGCAUCCAGCCCGCACGCGCAGUACAACGCGCAACCUUUGCCCGCCCUGCCGUCAUCCGCCCUCGUUUCUUCAGCACAAUACCAGCACGCUUCGCUCAAAAAGAUGCACAAGACAAAGAUUCGCUGAAGCCUCGAUCGACCGAAUACGCAAAGUCUGGCUCUGACGACGGCGCUGCACACUCAGACGCUGCCUUCAACCCCAACAAGACAAGCCCAGAGGAGGCAGAGGCAACAGCUGAGCGCGAGGCUGGUGGCUCUCAGAACAGCUUGAACGUUAGCCCCGGAAACAAGGAUGUCAGCGAACCUAACAGCCCCGAUGUUGGUGGAAAUGGAGGAGCGCCAGACAAGAAGAGCAGUGGCGGAGGCAGCGCGCCCAAGAACAGCACAGGAUAG